AUGAGUGACAACAAUAAGAAAUACGUUAAAGGUGGGGCACAGAAAACCAGAGAAAAAAAUAAAAAACUGUUAACUGAUUCAGCAAAAAAAUGUAAAAAAAUAAGUAAUAUCUUUUAUAAGACAUCAUCUCCAGUAAACUCUGAAUGUGAUAGUUCUACUGCUAGUGUAUUGUGUGAUAGUCGUUCUACUGCUACACUACAGAAAAAGCAUACUGUACAAGAUUCAACUAGAGUUAUUAAUAUUGAUUUAGAUUCAUCUUUAACUACAAACCAAAAAACAACAGCUACAGAGAGUGUAUUGGAAAUUGAAUCUCUACAAUAUAAUUUGUCAUCCAACGAAGAAUUAUUAUUCAAACUAAAAAAGAAUGCUGAUAUUAUUGAAAAGAUAAACUUUGUCAAACAACAUCCCAUUCAACCAUCAUACUUCAGUAAUAUUCGACUAGAUUUAGAAAAGCUAUAUUUUAGAAAAACACCAGAUGAUAAAAAAAUUGCCCGGAAAUGGUUAUCAGUGUUCUGUAUUGGUAAUGAGCUUAAAGCAAUGUACUGUCCAUUUUGUAUUGCUUUUAGUUCAUCUGCUACCAUAUUUUCUAAGGGUUGUAAUAACUUUAAACAUAUUUAUGAUGUUGUUAAAAUACACGAAGAUUCUUUAACACACAGACGCUCUGUAGAAGCGUUUAUUCAAUCCACUAACGAAAAAUCCAUUGAAUUUGGUAUUAAUAACAAUUUAAUGACAUUAAAGAAAAAUCAAAUUCUAGAAAAUAUCCAUGUUAUAAACGAGAUAUUUGAAAUUAUAAAAUUACUUGGUCGUCAAAAUUUACCAUUAAGAGGUUCUAAAAAUUCUGAAAGCUUAUACAAAUGGAAUGAUGAAGACAAUCUAAAUAAAGGAAAUUUUUUGGAGUUGGUACAGUUUACGGCUAAACGAGAUGCUACACUGUACAAACAUUUGAAUACUGCCAUAGAAAACAGCAAACGCAGAAAAGCAAAUUUGGAAAAGAAAUCAUUGGUUUCUUGUGGCAGGGGUUCACUUGUAACUUUACUGUCUAAAAAUACAGUAAAUAAAGUUAUUCUAUCUAUUGUGAAGUCAAUAAGAGAUAAAAUUAAAUUGGAAUUAGGUGAACAACAUUUUAGUUUGCAGAUCGAUAGUACACAAGAUGUUAGUGUUGUAGAUCAGGCAGCAGUGUGCAUCCGGUAUAUUUAUGAAGGAGAAGUAAAAGAAAGGCUAUUUGCCUUAUUAAAAGUGGUAGAUUCUUCUGGAAAUGGCUAUUAUAAUAUGUUAAAACAACUUUUUUCUGAACAUUCGAUUAAGUUCAACAAUAUCAUUGGUGAAUCAUUUGAUGGAGCAGCAAACAUGAGAGGGGAGUACUCUGGUCUACAAUCCAAAAUUAAAAACCAAGAAAACCCAAAAGCCAUUUAUAUAUGGUGUUACAGUCAUGUACUCAAUUUAUGCAUAUGUGAUACUUGUAAAAGUUUGGAAGCUAAGAAUUUAUUUGGAUUUUUGAAUCGAUUAUCAACAUUUUUUAGUGAAUCAUAUAAACGUAUGCUUGUUUGGUUACAAGAAAUUAAUUCAAGUUUGGGUUCAAAUAAAUUAAAAAAACUUCAAAAAAUAGGGGAAAAUAAUACACGAUGGUGGUCUCGAGAAAAAGCGUUGUAUUGGAUAUUUGAUGGAGAUCAGUGUCUUUUUCCAAUAAUUAUUUGUGCUCUAUAUCAUAUUUCCAUUUCUAGUAACUUUGAACCUAAAACAAAAGGUAUGGAUUUAUUAUCAGCCUGGGGUAUGAUAGAUUCUAUAAAACAAGAAAAUGGACGGCUAAAACCACCAUUCAUGAUACAAACAAUUGCUUUCACCGAAGUCAAUUGUGAAAGAACAUUUAGCAAAUUAAAGUUGGUUAAAACAAGAUUAAGGGCUAAUAUGUGCCAAGAGAAUUUGGAAGCACUUUUAAUCAUGAGUGUAGAAAAACAGUUAUUAAAUGACAUAGAAAUAACAAAGGUCAUUGAUUAUUUAAAAGCUAGUUCUAGUGUUAUGAGUAAAAUGUUUUCUUUGUAA